AUAGUUAGAUGUCCUGACAACCCAGAUUAAAAAUCUCUAGUAUUUUAUCCUCAAAUAUCAAUAUACUCAGAAAAUCUGCAUGGUUAUAAUUCAGGUUUUCAUUUUUUUAAAUUAUAAACUACAUUUAAUCACAUAUUUAAAAAUUAGUUACCUGCUGUUUCCAGUGUUUGUAUAUCCUAGGCAAAAUUUGCUUUAUCAAGAGCAAGCUGCUUUUAUUUCCUAAAUCAGUUUGAUGUGAAUUCUUGUAAAUCUAAAUGAUUUUGCUACUGUGUUUCUGUAGAUGUUAGGACAGGCUUUAUGGUGGAGAGUAUUUUGUGUGUUCUGAAUUUAGUUCUUUUCCCUUUCGCAUGUGCCCAUGUGUUUGUUGUAGCGUUCAAGUGUCGUGAAGUUUAGCCUGUGGUAACGUUUUUGCUAAUGGUUGGGAAACCUGAAGUCUUUCAUAAAUAAAUACCAAAAAACAGCCACAUUUGAUGGUUCAUACGGACAAACAGUUUUUUGCAUGGCAUCUCCCCGCCUUGUUGAAAAUGUAGCAGAUGGAUUGCUGGAACUGUUGGAGAAGUGUUAGAGAAAUGCUUAACUGUGGGUUCAUUUCCAGCAUCUCCCUUUAAAAAUACUUCUUGACCAGAGGAAAAUCACAUUUAAAUGACUAAAAUCAACUUAAUUAAGGGUCAUUAAUAGAGAUGCACAUAAAAAACUCUCUGCUCUGAGGGUGAAAUGGGAGCAUUUCAUUAUACAGUGCAGCAGAUAACAAUUAAAAUAGACCUAGAGUAAAAGGCUAAUAAAUAUAGGGCACGUUUGUGCUGCAAAAUCAGUCACUUAAAAUGCUCCCACCCAUCAUCACACUUGAAUUCUGUAUUCAGCCCCUUUGGCUGACUCAUUUGAAAGGAAAGGAAAAUGUGAUUUCCACAAAAGAUAAAUCCAUCUGGUAAUUCAUGAAAGCUCGCAGCACGUAUUUAUAUGAUUAAUACAAAUUAAAGUCUGAGGUGUGCAGAGGAAUCCAGCAGCAGGCACACACACAGCCCGCACAGUGGGAUUCACCACGGAGCCGGGGGAGCAGUUGUCUGUAAUUUUCUGCGCACGGAGCAUCGUCUCUGCUGAUGUGAUUUCAGGAACACCGAUAAUAAUUCUCAUUAUUGCAGUUGAUAGUAAAUAUAUUCUGUUAUUCGUGGUUCCAUGACUGACUGCCUCAGAAUUUUUUCUUCAUGCAAUCGUGUCUACCUGCACAGGCAAUCAAGCAAUCAACAACGGAGAUGCUUCUUUUCUCAGGGACAAAGAAAUGCCGUUUAUAACGUAGUUUGGCCAGCAGUGGUUUCUCCAGCUCAUCCAGUUCCCGAGCACAUAAAGAAGCCAGACUAUGUGACGACAGGCAUUGUACCAGACUGGGGAGACGACAUAGAAAUUAAGAAUGAAGAUCAGAUUCAAGGGCUUCGUCAGGCUUGUCAAUUGGCCCGUCAUGUCCUGCUUUUGGCUGGAAAGGGCUUAAAGGUUGGCAUGACAACUGAAGAAAUAGAUUCCAUUGUUCAUCAUGAAAUAAUCAGACAGAAUGCCUAUCCUUCACCUCUGGGCUAUGGAGGUUUUCCAAAAUCUGUUUGUACUUCUGUAAACAACGUGGUAUGUCAUGGUAUUCCUGACAGUCGACCUCUUCAGGAUGGAGAUAUUAUCAACAUUGAUGUCACGGUGUAUUACAAUGGCUACCAUGGUGACACUUCUGAAACCUUUUUGGUGGGCAGUGUGGAUAAAUCUGGUCAAAAGUUAGUGGAGGUUGCCAGGAAAUGUAGAGAUGAAGCAAUUGCAGCUUGCAGACCAGGGGCUCCCUUCUCUGUAAUCGGAAACACAAUCAGCACUGUGGCACAGCGGGGUGGCUUCCAGGUGUGCCCCUUCUUCGUCGGCCACGGCAUCGGGUCGUACUUCCACGGGCACCCGGAGGUGUGGCACCACGCCAAUGACAGUGAUUUGUUAAUGGAGGAGGGAAUGGCGUUCACAAUAGAGCCAAUAAUAAUGGAGGGCUCCCCCGAAUUUAAGAUUCUGAAGGACAAAUGGACCGCAAUUUCGGUAGACAAUAAAAGAUCAGCACAGUUCGAGCACACCGUCGUCAUUACCUCGGAGGGAGCAGAAAUCCUCUCUAAGGUGCCGGGAGAAGCCUAAGGACGCAGCGGGGAGUGGAGGGCUCGGUGUGUUUUGGGAGUCCCCUGCUCCGCAGGGACGGUGCUGAGCUCCGGGUGGUUCUGGGGGCACUGAGUGCCGUCUGAGGGAACACAGGAUGGGGCCCGGGAGCUCGCUCCGGGCGCGGUGCUCCGCGCGGUACCCGGUGAGUGUUGAAUAAAAGCCUCUUGCUUUCUGGCA